CGCUAGAUUCUCUCAAUGUUUGCCAAAGAAGGACCAAAGUGAUUGUUCGUUUGGUCUUGUCGUGAGUAUUAAUCUUGUCCUCUGCAUUCUCCAGUUCAGGAGAAGAAUCGGAACAUGUUGACCUUGCAACCUCUGCUUCUCGUCUUUCUUAUCCUGGUCCCUCUAACUUCCUCUCAUAUGGAAGAAAUGGAGGUCUUACUGAAACGUCUUGAUGGCAAACGAGCCUCUCCGUCUGUCCAAGAAGCUGCAGCUAAGGCAGUUCUUCAGAGAUUGUUGCCGACCCACUUGUCUAGUUUUGAAUUUAACAUAAUUCCCAAGGAUGCUUGUGGAGGUUACAGUUGCUUCUGGAUAAAAAAUUUCGAUCCUUCAAACAGCAAUGGACCGGAGAUUUUGAUUCAAGGCACCACAGCAGUUGAAAUUACAUCCGGUCUGCAUUGGUAUUUAAAGUAUUGGUGUGGUGCUCAUUUUUCAUGGGACAAGACUGGUGGCACUCAGAUAGGUUCUAUCCCAAGACCAGGAUCUUUACCUCUUGUAAAAGAUGGAGGAGAAAUGGUUCAACGUCCAGUCCCAUGGAAUUAUUAUCAAAAUGUUGUUACUUCAAGUUAUUCCUUUGUUUGGUGGGAUUGGGAAAGAUGGGAAAAAGAAAUAGACUGGAUGGCUCUUCAAGGGGUUAACUUGCCUUUGGCAUUUACAGGACAAGAGACCAUUUGGCAGAAAGUUUUAGAGAAUUUUAAUAUCAGUAAGAAUGAUUUGAAUGAUUUCUUUGGGGGACCUGCAUUCCUUGCCUGGGCUCGCAUGGGCAACUUACAUGGGUGGGGUGGGCCUCUUACACAAAGUUGGUUGGAUAAACAACUGGCAUUGCAGAAACGGAUUUUGUCUCGAAUGGUAGAGCUUGGCAUGACUCCAGUACUUCCAUCUUUUUCCGGGAAUGUUCCAGCAGCUCUGAAAAAGAUAUUCCCUUCAGCAAAUAUAUCUAGACUCGGGGACUGGAACACUGUCAAUGGUGAUCCUCGUUGGUGUUGCACAUUCCUUCUGGAUCCUUCUGAUCCACUAUUUGUUGAAAUCGGGGAGGCUUUUAUUAGACAACAAGUAGAAGAAUAUGGGGAUGUAACUGACAUCUACAACUGUGAUACAUUCAAUGAGAACUCUCCACCUACAGAUGACCCAACAUAUAUCUCAUUGCUAGGAGCUGCUGUUUACAAGGCAAUGGCCCAGGGUGAUAAGGAUGCUGUGUGGCUAAUGCAGGGUUGGCUAUUCUCGUCAGAGUCCACUUUCUGGAGACCACCACAGAUGAGAGCACUUCUACAUUCUGUUCCAUUUGGAAAGAUGAUAGUGCUCGAUCUAUUUGCUGAUGUGAAACCUAUAUGGAGAAGAUCUUCGCAAUUUUAUGACACCCCUUACAUCUGGUGUAUGUUGCAUAACUUUGGUGGAAAUAUUGAGAUGUAUGGCCUACUAGAUGUGGUUUCAUCUGGUCCUAUUGAUGCUCGUGUCAGCCAAAACUCAACUACGGUUGGUGUUGGCAUGUGCAUGGAAGGAAUAGAGCAAAAUCCAAUUGUCUAUGAACUUAUGUCUGAGAUGGCAUUUCGAACUGAAAAAGUCCAACUGCAGGAAUGGGUGACAACCUACUCUCAACGACGUUAUGGUAAAGCAGUCCAUCAAAUGGAGGAAGCUUGGGGAAUUCUUUAUCGCACAAUAUACAACUGUACGGAUGGAAUUGCAGACCAUAACAGAGAUUUCAUAGUUCAAUUUCCUGAUUGGGAUCCCUCAUUAAAACCCAAAGCUGAGUUGUCAAAGCAAGAACAGAUGCAAAACCCUUUUAUGAGAGAUAGAACCAGAAGAUUCUCUUUCAGAGAAACAAUCUCUUUUUUGACUCAGCCACACUUAUGGUACUCCACUGAGGAGGUUAUUUAUGCUUUACAUCUGUUUCUUGAUGCGGGAAAUGAUCUUGCUGGAAGCCUUACAUACAGAUAUGACUUGGUUGACUUGACUCGGCAAGUACUAUCCAAACUAGCAAAUCAAGUAUACAUGGAUGCUGUGACUGCUUUUCAACAGAAGGACAUAAAAUCUUUGAAUUUUCAGAGUCAAAAGUUUGCUCAGCUCAUCAAGGAUAUUGACACUCUUCUAGCUUGUGAUGAUAACUUUCUAUUGGGAACUUGGUUAGAAAGUGCAAAAAGACUUGCGGAAAAUCCCAAAGAGAUGAUCCAGUAUGAGUGGAAUGCGAGAACUCAAGUAACAAUGUGGUAUGAUAACACCCAAAACAACCAGAGCAAGCUUCACGAUUAUGCUAAUAAGUUUUGGAGUGGGAUUUUAGAAAGCUACUAUCUACCAAGGGCUUCUACUUAUUUCAGUUACUUGCUGAAAAGUUUAAGAGAAAAUGUUACCUUUGAGUUGGAGGAGUGGAGAAGAGAGUGGAUAUCAUUUUCAAACAGAUGGCAAGCAGGGAGGGAGCUUUACCCUGUGAAAGCGCAAGGAGAUGCUCUUACUGUUUCCAAGGAGUUGUUCAAGAAAUACUUGACCUGAACUAGGAGCAAUUCAUCAUAAAGUAGAAAUUAGAAAAAUGUAGGCGGACAGAGACUUCUUGUAAGUAUCUUGAUUAGUGCUAUGAAAUAGUUUUGAAAUGUCUGCAAUAAAAAGAACCUUCCGCUAGCCUACAAACAAUGGCCUCGUUGCUGUGUGCUAAUAAAAGGUGUUGAAGUAGAAUGCUUUUAUAACUAUAAAAAAGUAGAAUACUUUUGUAACUUUCUAAUCCUCCUAACACUAAAUACAAAGAACCAUAAAUUAC